AGAUAGAGCUUUUAAUGGUGCCAUAGGUUGAAUAAAAAUAGAAUCGUCUCUCUGAUCGCGUGUGUUCUGAAACAUGUUCUACGGAACGGAGGGAUGUGCAAGAUUUCCCAAUCGAUUUCGCUCAGUGUGUUCAAGGAUGUUGACGCUUAAGUAUCUUUCCAUAAGACCGUACUUCGAAACGCCCCAAGAAGCUAACGAAUGGGAUAAGCUUCAAAAGAUGAUCGUAACUGUGAAACAAUUUCACGACGAUUUUGACCGUAUCGUCCUGCACAAGGAUGUUUACCGCACGUUCUUUUACUACUACCUGCAAGAGAUUCGGUACCGCAUCAUACAAAUUUUGAUGAAUUUCGCUAAAAUUGAGUGGUGUGAACCAAAGCCGGCCACCGUCGCGACCGACCCGUACGGAUUUCCAAUGCCCGAGCCGCCAAAGAAAAGCAAAAAGAAAAAGGACGAAGAACCGGAAGAGAUUCCCGACUACACUAUCCGCGUCAAGGGCUACAGGGAAAAGUUUCCGCUCGUGUGUUGUGACGAUCAGUUUCGAACGCUGGCUGCCUUAAGGUUACAUUACUACGCGGUACACGAUAAAACGUACCUAAUGGUAGCCAACACGUGUGAGAUGAAAGCGGCACUGUUGCGGAUGGUGGUCUUUCGCCGGAUGCUGGAUGAAUGGCUCGCAUCGGGCAUCGCGUCGAAUAACGGACUGUGCUUUUAUUUGACUAAAAUUCUCCGAAGAAUUAUCUCUAUCAUACGCUAUUAGGUGAUCGCUUAGAAAAAUCGUACAAAAAUACAGUACCAUGUUAUUAGCGAUUUAUUGAAAAUAAUUACUGUCAAGGGUAGGUUAACAACAUUAAAGAAAAUAAAAACUAAAACUCCAAUGUA